AUGGCCACCGCCGCGCCGCAUUCACAGGACGACAGCGACGACGACGAUAUAGAACUAAACCCUAUGAGAGUCCUUCUGCCUGCCGAAGAAUCCGAAGAACGAGAAACCGCAUCGGCGCGGCGAGAUGGAGACUCCAAUCUAGAAAUCGAGCAGCAUUACCUCCAUUCAAUCAAGUCAACCGUGAAAAUCCGCCAGCUCCCAUCGGAAGGCCUCUCCUUCAAGCUAUGGCCCGCUGCAACCACUCUCGUCAACCUCUUCGACCGCCACGUAAUCGAUCCCACAACCAGCCCGCUCUUGUCCACCCUCACGGCCGCGGCCGCCGCCCGAGCAGAUCGCUGCGGUGGUAAGCUCAAAAUCCUGGAGAUUGGCUCGGGGACCGGCCUCGUCGGGAUAGCUGCUGCGGCCGUGCUGGGAGCUGACGUCACGGUCACCGACCUCCCCCACGUGGCGCCUAACCUUCAAUUCAACGCGGAGCUCAACGCCGGCGUGGUGCGCUGCGGAGGAGGGGCGGUCGACGUGGCUCCGCUGAGUUGGGGAGAGGAGGAUGACGUGGAAACCGUCGCGGGGCGGGGAUUUGACCUGGUGGUAGCGUCCGACGUCGUUUACCAUGACCACCUGUACGAUCCACUGCUCAAAACGCUGCGUUGGUUGUUGCUGCUGGGAGGAACAGAGCCGGCAGGGGAUAGGAAGCCGGCGUUUGUGAUGGCGCAUUUGAGGAGGUGGAAGAAGGACUCCACGUUCUUCAAGAGGGCCAGGAAGUCGUUUGAUGUGGAAGCGAUUUACGUGGACAGCCCGAGUGAAGGGCGCAGAAUCGGCGUCACCGUAUACCGUUUUACGGCCAAGGGACUGAGAAAUGAGAAACUGGCUUCUGCAAAGGCAGUAGAUGUUUAA